GAAUCCUACAAAGCCCAGAAGGCCUGAGAGCAGGAAGAGGGGCUGACUGGAGCAUCCAACCCUGAGGAUCAGACAGCAGCAGAUUGGAAGAGAGAUAGAGAGACCUGAACUUCCCUUCUGCUGAAAUCAGACAGGGCACAGGGCACAAGUGAGAGCAAGGAGUGACAGUGGAUUGUCCCCUUCAGACCCCAUCAGGAGCUAAAAUCUCUGGGCUGUUUCCAUUCCACUUGGCUCCCCCCACUGCCUAGAUGAUCCUGUCUCUGUGCCUUUUGCUUCCUGUAAUGAAUCCAAGCAGCCAGAAUAUCUGCUCAGCUCCCGGUGUUGUCCUUGCCCCCAUCCUCUACCUGAGCCAGAGGUCUGCUCAACAGGGGGACUCUGUGCAGCUCCAGUGCUCUGUGGUCUCCCAGGCCCCAGCCACCCGCGUCAUCUACUGUAAGGACGGGGAGGAGGUUUUCUCCCAGGCAGGGUUGAAGAAGAAGGUCACCUACAACUAUGACCACACAGUGUCCAUGAGCAGCUCUGGGAAUUACUCCUGCGGGUACGAGAUCAAGGAGAGCGACAAGCAAGUGAAAAGAUCCCAGCUCAGCCCUGCCAAGCACCUCAGUGUUACUGCGCUGAGUCCCAGCAGCCAGGAGAUCUGCUCAGCUCCCGGUGCUCUCCCUGCCCCCACCCUCUACCUGAGCCAGACGUCCGCUCGACAGGGGGACUCCGUGCAGCUCAAGUGUUCUGUGGUCUCCCAGGCCCCAGCCACCCGCGUCAUCUUCUGUAAGGAUGGGGAGGAGGUUUUCUCCCAGACAGGGUUGGAGAAGAAUGUCUCCUACAGCUAUGACCACGCAGUGUCCAUGGGCAGCUCUGGGAAUUACUCCUGCGGGUACGAGAUCAAGGAGAGCAACAAGAGGGUGACCAGAUCCAAGCUCAGCCCUGCCCAGCACCUCAGCAUUACUGGCAAUGUGAGCAGCAGCGUAGGAGGGGAGGAGCCGACCCGCACAGAGCCAGUCAUGUCUCUCGUCAUCUGGGCUGCCCGCUGUGUCCUGGUCCUGCUCCUCAUGCUCUCUGCACCUAUCAUCACUUUCAUGCUGGAGAGAUGGGGCCUGCCUCAUCCCACAGGGCUGGAGGAGACUUAUAGGGGUAGCAUCAGCAUUAUGGAGGAGGAGGAGGUAGAGGAAAGGAGGGACAUGGAGAUCAUGAACAGUGGAGGCCUCACAGGGGAGGAGGUAGAAGAAGAGGGAUGCAGCGAGCAGCCGCAAGAGGCCUGA